GGGCGAGCGCCGAUUGGGCGGCUCCGUCUGGGUGGGCAGGACGUGGACGGUCCAGGGGUCGCGGGAGCUGGCCAAGUGUCGCAACCCGGGAAAACAGCGACCCGACCCGAGUACUCGGUUGUAGGACCUGAGAGGUGCAAGUCCGGACUCCGAGAGCUGGAUAACACUCCACUGCACGGGGCCCCAGCCUUUCCAUCUAAGACCUGGAGGGCCCUUCAGCCGGUGCACUUGACACGACAUGGCAGCUAUGAAGCCCAGCCUGGGCCGAGUCCUCCCUGGAUCGUCCAUCCUAUUCCUGUGUGACAUGCAGGAGAAGUUCCGCCAUGUCAUGUACUUCCCCCAGAUUGUCUCUAUGGCCGCCCGCAUGCUCAAGGUGGCCCGGAUGCUGGAGAUACCAGCCGUGCUGACGGAGCAGUACCCACAAGGCCUGGGCCCCACAGUGCCUGAGCUGGGGGCUGAGGGCCUGCGGGCGCUGCCCAAAACCUGCCUCAGCAUGGUGCCUGUGGUGCGGCAGGAGCUGGACGCACGGCCCCAGCUGCGUUCUGUGCUCCUCUGUGGCAUUGAGGCACAGGCCUGCAUCUUGAACACAGCCCUGGACCUCCUGGACCGGGGGCUGCAGGUCCACGUGGUGGUGGAUGCCUGCUCCUCCCGCAGCCAGGUGGACCGGCUGGUGGCACUGGCCCGGAUGCGGCAGAGCGGGGCCUUCCUCUCCACCAGUGAAGGGCUCAUUCUGCAGCUUAUGGGUGAUGCCGCCCACCCCCGUUUCAAAGAGAUCCAGAAGAUCCUCAAGGAGCCGGUCCCGGACACUGGGUUGCUGGGCCUCUUCCAAGGCCAGAACCCCCUCUUCCAGUGAACUCCUGACCCUGCCUGGAGGGGAGACCACCCUCCUGUCACUGGGAUGGGGGAAGCGCUUUCCCCCCAUCCUUGGAUCCCAAGAGUGGUGCAAUCCACCGGGAGUACCGCCCCCUCGGGAGGGGAGGCGGGUGCUGCCUUGCCAUUGGGUGACAGCUCCCGGAAAUGCAAAUGAGUCUCCUGGAAGCUGGGCGGGAGUUGGCCGAGCCGAGCUGGAGGCGGGGCUCGGCCCCGGGCCACUUCAAGGGGCGGGAAAGGGAGGGGGAGUCACAGACUGUGUGGGACCCGGACUCGCGGAAUAAACAAUUGAUGUGGC